AUGGACUUGGAAUGUCGCAUCAAAGCCUAUCGUUUGGUCGCCUAUUUGACGGUUGUUUUCUCGAUGGUGGCAAUCUUGUCUGUUUCCAUCAUGCUACCGAUUGCUCACAUACACGUCCACCAGAUGAGGAGGGCUAUGCACAAAGAGCUCGACUCCUGCAGGAAAUCUGCCAAGGAUAUCAGCAGUGAAGUGAACCAACUCAGAAACCCUCCAGUCGCCAACAGGACCAUCCGCCAAGCCGGAUAUGGCGAUGCUGCGAUUGUUGAAGUGCCUGCCAGCUUCCAAUUUGCUGAGGCAUCGGUUGUUCAAACUGGCGACCGCUGCGAGCUCUGUUGUGUUCCAGGAGUGCCUGGACCAGCUGGAGUUCCUGGUCAACCCGGCCGCCCUGGAAAGCCAGGAGCACCUGGCGUUCCCGGAAUCUCAGGGCGACCACCACAGGAGCCCUACCGUGUCCAAGAGGGCCUCCUGGUCCCGCGGGACCAUCGGGACCCCAGGGCGACUCUGGAGCAAAUGGACUUCAUGGCAAUCCUGGGAAGGAUGGCGCCCCCGGAGCAGCCGGUCCCAAAGGAGCUCCUGGCGCUGAUGGAAAACCCGGAUUACCGGGUGCUGAUGGCGAACCCGGAGUUGAUGCUAUAUCUCUGCCUCUUCUUCUUCCUGAGCCUGGGCCACCAGGAGAGCCUGGACCACAAGGACCACCUGGGCCUGAUGGAAAGCCUGGAGAACCAGGAGCUGAUGGCAAGCUUACCUGGACCGAAAGGAGAAACUGGAGCUGAUGGCGAGCCUGGCGUUGACGGAAAGCCUGGUGCACCUGGAGAAAGCGGGCCAGUAGGAGCUGCAGGAGAGCCUGGAAUUUGUCCAAAAUACUGCUCUUUAGACGGUGGAAUUUUCUUCCAAGACGGGACCCACGGCACUGAGGAUCUCGUCCUAAAACAAAAAAGAGCAUAA